UUCACUGUCAGUUUCUCUCUCUCACUCCCGUGAAGCAAACCAAAUUUACUGUAAAUGGAUGAAUUCUUCUUUAAACUAUGACGCCAGGUACAAUGACAAAACAAUGAGAACUGUAAUGGAGAUGUUUCCACAACCCGGGAAGUCGAUUAUCUUUGACACCUUCCCUGAUCCAACAGAUACCUGGGAGAUCAUUGAGACCAUCGGGAAAGGAACUUAUGGGAAAGUCUACAAAGUGCUCAACAAGAUCGAUGGCAGCAAAGCAGCUGUCAAGAUACUGGACCCGAUCCAUGAUAUUGAUGAGGAGAUUGAAGCAGAGUACAAUAUUCUCAAGGCCCUCUCUGAUCACUCCAAUGUGGUCAGGUUCUUUGGAAUGUACUACCAGAAGGAUGUCAAAAACGGUGACCAGUUGUGGCUAGUUCUUGAGCUCUGCAAUGGCGGUUCGGUGACAGAUCUGGCCAAAGGCAUGCUAAAGAGAGGAGGCAGAAUGGACGAGUCAAUCAUUGCCUACAUCAUCCAUGAAGCCCUCAUGGGUCUCCAUCACCUGCAUAUCAACAAGACCAUCCACCGUGAUGUAAAAGGCAACAACAUCCUGUUGACCACCCAAGGAGGGGUAAAGCUAGUGGACUUUGGUGUUUCAGCCCAGUUAACAAACACUCGUCUCCGUAGGAACACUUCAGUAGGAACACCAUUCUGGAUGGCUCCAGAGGUGAUAGCGUGUGAGCAGCAGUUGGACUCCACAUAUGAUGCUCGCUGUGAUGUCUGGUCCCUGGGUAUCACUGCCAUAGAGCUUGGCGAUGGAGACCCGCCCCUUUCUGACCUCCAUCCAAUGAGAGCUCUCUUCAAAAUCCCCAGAAACCCUCCUCCUACUCUUCACCAGCCUGAGCUUUGGUCGGACCACUUUAAUGACUUUAUCUGCAAAUGUCUGAUAAAGGACUUUGAACUUAGACCUAACGUUCUAGACCUACUCGAGCAUGUGUUCAUCCGACAGAUUACAGGGAGAGCGAAGAUCUUGCAGAAACAGCUGAUGGAACUCAUAGACCUCAACCAGCAAAUAGUAAUCGCUGGGAAGUCAAGACAUGAGCGCAUUCACACCAAGAAAGGAGGACAAAUCAUGUCAAGUCCCACCCAUGAUGAAGUGGAUGACCUUGCCACCCUGGAAGUACUUGAUGAGAAUUCAGUCACAGAGCUGCUUCAGAGGCGUUAUUCCAAAGACCAGAUCUAUACUUAUGUUGGAGACAUCCUCAUCGCAGUCAACCCUUUUCACAAGAUGGAACUCUACGGCCCACAGUACACAAAGAUGUACAUUGGAGCUAAGCGUACUGCAUACCCGCCACACAUCUUUGCUGUCGCUGAUGUGGCCUACCAAUCCAUGGUAUCAUACAACGCUGACCAGUGUAUUGUCAUCAGUGGAGAGAGUGGUGCAGGGAAAACAGAGAGUGCCCAUCUAUUAGUUCAGCAGCUCACAGUGCUUGGAAAGGCCAAUAAUCGAUCACUACAAGAGAAGAUCCUUUUGGUCAACAACCUGGUGGAGGCUUUUGGGAAUGCAUGUACUGCCAUUAACAACAACUCAAGCCGCUUUGGGAAAUAUCUGGAGAUUAACUUUACUUGUGGGGGUACUGUGGUCGGAGCAAAAAUCUCAGAGUACCUUCUGGAGAAAUCCCGCGUCAUCCAUCAGGCCAUAGGGGAAAAGAACUUUCACAUUUUCUACUAUAUCUACGCUGGUCUUGCUGAGAGGAAGAAACUGGCCCAUUACAAGCUAUCUGACAGCAAACCCCCCAAGUAUCUACUCAACGAGCACAUUAGAUUGGGCCCUGACAUAGUGAACAACACUUUCUACAAAGAACAGUAUGAUGUGGUGGAACAAUGUUUCAAAGUCAUCGGCUUUACCCUGGAGGAGCUGGGCAGUGUGUACAGCACGUUGGCUGCAAUCCUAAACUCGGGAGAUAUUGAUUUUUCUUCUGUGACCUCCGAGCACCAGACCGACAAAAGCAACAUCUCCAACAUUGCAGUUCUGGAGAAUGCGGCUUCUCUGCUGUGUAUCCGGCCAGAUGAGCUCCAAGAAGCCCUGACGUCCCACUGUGUAGUGGCACGCGGCGAAACCAUUGUCAGGCCCAACACAGUGGAGAAGGCAAUGGAGGUGAGGGACGCCAUGGGCAAGGCCCUCUAUGGCAGACUCUUCAGCUGGAUCGUCAACCGCAUCAACACCUUGCUUCGGCCCGAAAUGCACUUAGGAGAGGAUGACAAUGGUCUGAACAUUGGCAUCCUGGACAUCUUUGGCUUUGAGAACUUUAAGAGGAACUCAUUUGAGCAGCUUUGCAUCAACAUAGCCAAUGAACAGAUCCAGUUCUACUUCAACCAACACAUAUUCGCCUGGGAGCAGGAUGAGUAUGUUAAUGAAGAAGUGGAUGCCAGAGUGAUUGAAUAUGAAGACAACCGUCCACUCCUGGACCUUUUCCUGCAGAAACCCAUGGGUAUGUUGUCAUUGCUGGAUGAGGAGAGCCGCUUCCCCCAGGCCACCGACCAGACCCUCGUAGAAAAGUUUGAAGACAACCUGAAGUCCAAAAACUUUUGGAGACCCAAGAGGGUGGACCUUGGCUUUGGAAUUCACCAUUAUGCUGGAAAGGUGAUCUACAAUACCGCAGGCUUCCUAUCUAAGAACAGAGAUACCCUCCCAGCAGACAUUGUCCUUCUGCUGAGGUCAUCCGAAAAUUCUCUAAUUCGCAAACUGGUCACCCACCCUCUCACCAAAACAGAAAUCAAGGCCGUAGCCAUGGAGUCAACAUUGGGGGUGACGAAAUCUGAUAAUAAUAACAGUAACUUGGCCCACACAAAAGGUAAAGGUAUGAACACACUUAUGAGCGUGUCACGCACCCCAGCUCACCCUCAACGCACCAUGAACUUUGCCAAGAUGGGAGUACUCAUGUUAUUCAGUUCUAGUCUGUCACUCAGUGAGGGUGAUAGCGGGACUGGAGAAAGCACUCACCAUCCUAGAGAGACCACCAACAUGAGGACACAGACUGUAGCCUCCUAUUUCAGAUAUUCCCUUAUGGACCUCCUGUCAAAGAUGGUGGCAGGACAGCCCCACUUUGUGCGCUGCAUCAAGCCAAAUAAUGACCGGCAAGCUAAUAAGUUUGACCGGGAGAAGGUGCUGGUGCAGCUGCGCUACACAGGUGUCCUGGAGACGGCAAAGAUCCGCAGGCAGGGCUACUCUCACCGCAUCCUAUAUGCUAAUUUUGUUAACAGGUAUUACAUGCUGGCGUUCCCUGUGCACGAAGAGCCACUUGGGAGCCCAGAGACAUGUGCAGCUAUAUUAGUUAAGGCUAAACUGGAAAAUUGGGUCUUAGGCAAAACAAAAGUUUUUCUGAAGUACUACCAUGUAGAGCACCUAAAUCUGAUGGUGAGGCAGACCACAGACAGCAUUGUUCUUGUCCAGGCCUAUGUUCGGGGCUGGUUGGGAGCCAAGCGGUACAGCAAGAUACUGGAGAAGAGAACACAGAGUGCUAUGGCAAUACAAUCAGCAUACAGAGGACAUAAAGUGCGGAAGAUAUGUGCAGAAAAUAAAUUAAUCAAAGACAAGUUUGAGGCUUUCAUCACCCAGUUACAGUCUGUUUGUCGAGGUUACCUUGCAAAGAAGAAGUUCAAGGAGUGGAUGGAUGAAAAAAAUAAAGCUGUUGUCAAGAUUCAGGCUCAUUACAGAGGACACAAGGAGAGGAAAUGUUUCAAAAAGAAAAGGGAGGCCAUUGAGAAAGACAGGAUAGACAAAGCGAGGUUUGAGGUCGCUAAAUUGAAGGAGGAUGAGAUGGUCAAAGCUGCAUUGGUUCUCCAGAGAAACUACAGAAGCUACAAAGAUAGGAAGAAACUCAGGGAGCACCAUAAAACCGUGAUUGAAGAUGAGUUGAGACUAAGUUCAACUUUGCCUAUAGCGGUGGAAGCUACUAUUAUGGAAGAAAAUGAUGAAGAGGAGAAAAGAAUCAAGGUGGCAGUGGAAGAUGAGGAAGAGAUGACCGAAAUGGUGGAGGAAGAGGAUGAAGACACGGACAAGGCAGAAGAGGAAAACGAUGAGGAGGACACUGAAGUAGGUGAUGAGUAUGAGGACAGGGAACACACAGAACUUGGAGAUGAAAUGAAUCUAGAGGCUGCAGAAAUGGAGGAGGUUAACCCAGAACAUGAGGCAAAGGCAGCCACAGUUCUCCAGAGCAACUUCAGAGGCCACAAAGAGAGGAAGAGGUUGGUGGAAGAAGGAAAGAUCCUGGUAAGGAAACCAAGGGUGAUAAGCCCCACUGAAGAUAAUACCACAAAAAUAGAAGGAAUACCAAAUCCAAAAGAACAGUCCAAGUUUCCAGAAAUUGCGGCCAAGUCUGCAAGUGAGGAACAAAAGAGAGAAGUUGAGGCAAGUACUGUCAUCCAAAGUAACUUCCGUGGCCACAAGGAGCACAAACAUUUUCAAGAGGAAGGAAAGAUCCCCUUAAAAAACAAGACAGAUGAUGGGGCCAAAGAACAACCCAAACCAAAACCUGUCCAGACACAUGAGCCAACAAUAGAACCCCAAAAAGAGCAAUCCAUUACACCCAAGGCUGAGCCAGAUGAGGAAAAAGCAGCCACCAUUCUGCAGAGCAAUUUCAGAGACCACCAAGAUAGUAAGAAAUUCCAAGAAAAGAGAAAAGUCAAAAGGAGCAAGGAGGAAACCAUUUUUGGAGAACAGGGUGAAGAGAUAAAGGUCAAAGACACGGUUGUGGACCUCACUGACGUUGAGCUGGUUCGUAUAGAGGAGACAGUGUCCAAGCAUGGGGAUAUGUACGAUGAAGAACAGGCAGCAGUUAAGAUCCAGAGCCAGUUCAGGGGCUACAAGGACCGGAAGAACCUGAAGGCAACUUAUGCCACAGCCCAGAGAGAUAUGGAGAAACUGGAGAUCUUGUCUAAGGAGGUCACCAAGGCUUCCCAGAACUAUAUCAGCCUCCAGCAGAAGCUGAACAAGAUCAUCCUGGCCCAGCAUAUUAUACCAGCAAACAAUGGCAUGUUUGUCAAAGGACAAGUAGUAAAUGGCUUUGCUGCCAACAAUCUGCAAUCAGUUGAUCUGAAAGUUUGUCGGAUGCCUCGCAGAACCCAGCAGCCAAAGACCCUCAACGCACCUGAGGACUCCACCUAUUACAACCUUAUUCAUAGGUCUGUCCAGGAUGACAAACGUAGACCACGGAAACAAGGUCCUGGGAAGCUGCUGGAUGUUGAUGAUCAGUACUACGAGGGCCUCCCCAACAGUGGGUCCACUAGGGCCAUCUCCAGAGACGGACUCAACUCUCUCACCAGACGAGUAUCACUAGAGCGGAGGCAGUCUAUGGAUCGAAGGUGCUCUACAGAGAGGAGACAGUCUUCAGUGAGAAAACAAUCAACAGCUGCAGACAGAAGUCCACAGACCAAAAGACAAUUUUCAGCCACAGACCGGAUGCCCUCUUCAGACCAAAAACAGUCUGUGGCUUCACAGAAAACUUUGCAGACCAAAAGACAAAUGUCACAGAGGAGACAGUCAAGAGAAAGGGCCGUAUCGGAGCCAGCAGAUGCCCCAAAUUUGACAAAAGAGAAAAGGUAUUCAGUUCCCAGGCUGCAAUCAACAGAGGGCCAGGAUGACAACCCUUAUGACUUUAGAAAACUCCUGAGGAAGACCUCCCAGAGAAGAAAGCUCCUGAGGCAGUAUUAAAAGCAUGCAGUGAGUUGGCAUAUGUGAAACAACUCAGCAUAUUACUAAACGCCAUUAUAGUUCAUUUCUAAAGACUUUUGUUAACAUUAGAACCGCCAGGCCUUUCAGACCAACAGUAUCUGCCAGAGCCGAACGCUGUUUCUUGUCAUUAGCAUACAAAUCGGCCCUAUUAGCAUACACAUUCUCCUCAGCAGCAUCACCAUCCAGCAAGAGAAUCAGUUCAUCUACUGUAUAAAA